AACAAAACCAGUACAAAGCAACUUCUAUUUUCCGUUCAGCUUCACCACGAGCUUCAAUGGCUAACCAAUGAAAGGAGUAGUUUUACUGUCAUUUUCCUUCAUUAUCACUCUUCUUGUCUGCUUUUUUAAAAACCUAAUCCCUCUUUUUCUUCUUAUAAUUGCACUCAUAAUUGACUGUCCACUGUGUCACUCUUCUUGUCCUCUUCUUCUCCAUUCCUCUCCUCGAUCUUCUAAUGGCAGAUCUCAAACCCAAAUCUGAGAUUUCAUUCUCUGAAGUCUUCAUUUGCAGCGCAUUUGCUGCUUGUUUUGCCGAGUUCUGUACCAUUCCUCUAGACACUGCCAAAGUUAGACUUCAGCUCCAACGGAAAGCUUCCACUGGGGAUGGAGCUGCUCCUACAUAUAGGGGUUUAUUGGGUACUGUGGUUACUAUUGCUGGGGAAGAAGGUUUAGCAGCACUUUGGAAAGGCAUCACUGCAGGGUUGCAUCGUCAGUUUAUUUAUGGAGGUUUAAGGAUUGGAUUAUACGAACCUGUCAAAACAUUCUUGGUUGGCACUGAUUUUAUUGGGGAUAUUCCUUUAUACCAGAAGAUUCUUGCAGCUCUGAUAACAGGUGCAGUAGCAAUUGCAGUUGCUAAUCCAACUGACCUUGUUAAAGUUCGGCUUCAAGCUGAAGGAAAAUUGCCAACAGGGGUGCCUAGGCGAUAUGCGGGAGCCUUAGAUGCUUAUUUAACUAUAGCAAGACAGGAAGGACUAGGGGCAUUAUGGACAGGACUUGGGCCUAACAUAGCACGAAAUGCAAUUAUAAAUGCUGCUGAACUAGCAAGUUAUGAUCAAGUGAAACAGACAAUUUUGCAAAUUCCAGGGUUCAUGGACAAUGUUUUUACUCAUCUCCUAGCUGGUCUCGGUGCAGGUUUUUUUGCAGUCUGUAUUGGUUCUCCUAUUGAUGUGGUAAAAUCUAGAAUGAUGGGAGACUCAUCAUACAAAAGCACUCUUGACUGUUUUAUCAAGACACUGAAGAAUGAGGGGGUUUUUGCCUUUUACAAGGGCUUCCUUCCAAAUUUUGGUCGGCUGGGAUCUUGGAAUGUUAUUAUGUUUUUGACUCUUGAGCAGGUGAAGAAAAUAUUCACAAGGGAAGUAUACUAUGACUGAUGAUGAGUUUUAGCAAGCAAGAAAGAAGAUAAGACAUCUUAUUUGGUAUUUUCUCUUCAACAUUGGAUAUUUUUCUCCAUAAAAAAUAAGAUUCCCUCUGGUCAUAUUCUUUUCCACUUGGUUAUUGUGAGAAACUUCUUCAUAUAAUAGACAACACAAGCUAGAUUUAGUUGAAGACGUCUAUCCAUGUGAUCACAAGUUUUUUUCUUCCUAUCCAAUCUGAAAUGUAUUUCAAAUGCCCCAUUCAAUCUGAAAGUGACACUACAUCUCCAUUUUAUUUCAAAUGAUUUAAACCCUAUGCUUCUAUGGCUAUAUAAACCAAAUACCUUGCAUUCUUGUAAUAUUAUAACUGUAAUUUUGUAUAGAGCUCAGUUCAUUCUGUCAA